AUGGAAGCGCCAAUCACUGUACCAGAGGGCUUCGAAAAGGCCGCACAAAUAUUUCACGAGAUCACUGGCAAGCCUGUAGACGGUAACUUCGCCGAACAGCAUGACAAGUUACGCCAAACUAUCAGGGGAGAACGCGAUAUCACAACAACCGGGGACAAGUUUUGCCAAGUCCUAGACUGCUGUGUCCAGCUUUCAAAGCUGGUUGCCUCCGCUAAGCCAUCGGUGUUCCCUGCGGGGUCUGUCAACGACCUCAAUAAUGCACUACUCGGCAUCAUCCGCGACUUCCUUCAAAUAUGCAUCUCAUACGAUAAGAUCAAGAAGGCCAAAUUAUCCCGAAAUCCAUUGCCACAUUUGAUUCUAGCUGCUCGAGCAGUAGUAAAGUCUGACUAUGGCAUCAUGGACAACCUUAAACACAUCGACAAGUUGACAAGCGUGGCGCGUAACUUGAAGAGUGACGACGUCUAUGAGGCAAUCACUGCUUUGCAAAGCAGCCAAGUUCAUCAAGAUGAUCGAAGUCGGAUCAUCCAAUCGCUACCAUGUCAGCAGACGGAUUUCUGGAGGACCUGGGUCGAUUCCGCAUUCCACCAUUACCGACAGGGUUUCGUGUCGGAAGCGGCAACGUGGUUGCAAAAUGAUCCAGCCUUCAAAGAAUGGAGCAAUCUUGGCAGCUCGAGUGGUAAACGUAUCCUGAUCAUCCAAUCACGGCAUGAUGGGUCGGGCAAGAGCAGCAUCUGUUCGGAGGCAAUCGAAAGGCUUCGGGAUCAGGUGCAUCAGUGGCUUGCAAGUUAUAUGCCAAGGACUGGUCGCCAAUCCAUCUUCAUCAUCCUCGACGGCAUAGAUCAAAUCCAUUCAGAUGACCAGCAAAUGGAAGAGAAGACGCGCACCGCACUGCGUGAAAUCAUACGACAGGUUAGCAAACCAAGCAAAGGCGGCUUGGAUAUUCGACUACUCUUGAGUUGCAGAGAGAGCUAUAUUGCCGAGCGUAUCCCUGAGGAGGAGCAGAAAGCAGUCUCCUGGAUCAAUCUGGCCGACUAUUGCCAAGACAUGGCUAAUGCAUUUAUUGACAAGAAACUGGGUUGGAUAUGCUACGGCUUCGACAGCACCCAAAACGCCAAAGACUUGAAGUGGCCAUGGAGACUCAAGGAAAAGCUGCUUCACCAUUCCAAUGGAAAUAUCGGAAUGUUGUCAGCCUUGUUUCGAGACAUUAGUGAUCCAGAGAGACGUUCCAGCCUCGAUGAGUUCGACAGACGCCUCGAUAACUACCUGGACAACUACAAGCGAAUGAUUCCGGCUCACAUUCAAACACUCAAUCAGAGGCUCAAUGACGACGAAAUUGAAGACUUGAAUGAAAUCAUUGCAUGCAUUGUCUUGAUGAAACAAUGGCCUACAUUGACUCAGAUUCGGGGAAUUCUAGGGCUUCGAAGAGAAGGUAGACCGGCCCCAGACGAGGAUGAACUGAGAGACAGGUUCCGAUACUAUGGGCAACUCCUGAGCGUCUCCGAAGAUAUUCUAUUUUCCGAAACCACCCUAAACUUUUUCUUGGAAUGUGAACAGAGAAUAAUCCCAUCAUUCUUCUUUGAGCCAAGCGCCGAGAAUCACACAGGACCUAUUGACACAGGGAGUGAAGAUGGUGCUGGGGGCCCAAACAUCAAUGGCAUCGGUGGCACACAGAAGAUCCACAAGUCAGAAAUUGAUAUAGUGAGAAAUGCCUUAGUCUUCGUGUGUGGGGAUGAUCUGUACCGGAGAUUCGAUUUCGACAAGUUCUUCGCUUUCUGCUCUGCGGGACAGAUCGAUUCAGGGCCAGGCACAUGGACCGCCAGCCGCUAUGGCAUGGAAUCUACGAGACUGAGCAGCCCAGCCACUUAUCGCAACUUCAUUGGCUUCGGGAGCUCCGACGGUCACACAAGAAUCGCGUGCUCCCUGUUGAGAUCGCUUCAGGCUUCUGAAGAAACAGAAAAUUCAGCCAACGAUUCUCUUCGCGACUACGCCAUAAAGAAUGUUUUCUGGCAUAUCAGCAAAAUCGACCACGAGCCAGAUUCUGGUAGUUCGAGGAGAGAAUCACAAAUCUGUGAGAUGCUGCAAUCCCUCUUCACGGGUCAGCAUGCUAUCAAGCUGUGGUUGAGUCAAGACUGGGGUGACAGUGACCGAUUUUCUAACUGGUUGAAAAGUGCGGUCGAGACGACCUUAGACUGGGACAAGCAGUGCUCCGUCGGGAAGGCGUUUGAACAGUUGGCUGCUUGCCAUAAGCAAGCUGGGAAACUCCAGUACGAGCGAGAUGAUGUUGGCGCGAAGGUUGCUGAAGUGAAGCGUAUUGCUUUCAAGGAGGAAUAUUGGCCGGCAGACACGCAUUCGAGUUCCUUACAACUUGCAGAAAUGCGGGCUUUGGAGACGAUUCUCUACUACGAAGAUUACCAUCAAGUAAUCGAACAGAGCAAGAACCUUCUUGAGAGAGACGAUGCGAAUUGGACAGUACACUGGUACCUUGCACAGGCACUGGUAAACGAGAACAGGAUUUUGGAAGCCCUGCGGCAUUGCGACAAGAUUUUGAUCAUUCUUGGACAUCCUCCGAGUGGAUCUCGUCAAGAACGACCUCAUGAGUUGGGGAACAUCCUACAAUUUCAUUGGCGGACACUUCAACUUGCACCUAGCGAAGUUACGGUGGCACGCACGCGGCGAUUCAAAAAUUCUUGCGAGAAACUUCUCGAAGUAUUUCCUGAUCACUAUGCCCUCAUUGACACCUUAAUUGGUACCAUGGGCUCAGACGAGAAAGUUCAGCGUGAGCUGUAUGAUGAUCUCUCCAAGAGACAGUUGCCGCAGCGACAGCCUGGGAUCACGGUUAUGACUGGCCUCCUACAUAAUCACGCCACAAAAUUGGAUUUCCACCGAAACCUUGUCAAUUGUUAUCGAAAGGAGCCAGAAGACUUGAAGAUCAUCUACAAGGAAUCUAUCCAGGCAGCAGAAAAGAGUUGCGCAAUUUGGUACGAUCUGCGAUUCUAUCUCGGCCUCGCUCAGCAUUAUCAGAGCCCGCGGAAGGACAAGGUACGGGCGCGCAAAGGCGUCAGUCUUGGCUGCAGACUAUACUUGAAGGCAUCGGAGAGCGAGUUGGUGCACAAAGAAGAGUGUUUGAGAAUAUGGGAGGACGAUGCCAACAUGUUCUUGGGACUUCCGAAGCCGAACAAAGAGGAUGCGAACUACAUCCACAUCGCACGCACAAUCACAGAACGCGUAGCCGGUAUGCUUGCUUCGAGCUACACUAGCACGUUCAAGAAAGGCAGUGCUUUUGUCCGCAAACGUCUUGAACUGCUGGAACAGAUCAAUCGGCGGAAACGUAUCGAUAUGGCCUCACAUGGAUCACCUGACACCUUUCUAGACCAUGCAAUCGCACGACUCUACAACCUUGAUGGUCAAAUUGAUAAAUCACAUCGACAGAUCCAGGAGUCGAUCACAUCUGGAAUAAGACUGCUAUCAGACGAUGUUGCACAUAAUGACUGGCAAGGUUGCUUGGUGCUACUCGAAUCAUUGAAGGCCGUGAACGACAACAAGCAUGCUUUAGCAGCUUGUGGUCUUCUAUACAAUUUGACCAAGCAGGGAGAAGCGCAGGAGUGUGCCAACAAAGCCAAGAAUGCAGGCAUGGAUAUGAUGGUUCGCCUGGGGGAGAAGCAAGUGACCAUAAAGGAAUGGGUCAAAUUGUUGGAAGAGCGAUAUCUGCACUCUUGA